UUUACGCCUAUUGUUCCUCAACCUCCGAUCUCCGAAAGCUGCUGAUUUGAUCUGCGCUUGAAUCGAUUCAGGUUCGGCAGUUUGGGAGAGGAGAUAAAGAGCGAAAUGCUCGGUUCUGGGAAUAAUUUAAGCCGGGGGAAUGGAGCAUUGCCGUCGUCGUCCUCAGAUGUGCCUCCCUUGCCUCAACUUUGGCCUCUGGAUCCCAUUACGUUUCAGAAAUAUUCUCGUUCUGGAGAAUUAAGGAGGCUUCUUGGUGCUUUGCAUGGAAGUACACAAGAACCUAAAUCUUCGCGGCCGAUUGUAACGGAGGAGAUUAAGCACCUCAAAGAAAGUUUGGAAGAUGCCUGCAGGAAGGCCAGGGAUAGAGGCAGAAAGUUUAAGUCUUCCAUAGAAAAAUUGGAAGAGUAUAGGGAAGCCUUAAGCUCAAAGAAGCGACAAAGAACUGAUAUGUCUCCCAGCGAGAGGGGCGGAGGAGCCAACUUAGCAAAGAUUGGAAGUCAGCUUCAGAGAAAUCCUAAUGGCGUUUUUGCUCAAAGAUUGGAGGUCAGGGCUAAAAAUGUUGGGCUGCAUAAGCGUGUACGCACUUCAGUUGCAGCAGCAGAUGUCCGGGGAGACAGUAGGGCCAUUGUAAAUGCAAUUCAGCAGAUGGGGACAGAAAGGGAUGGUGAUACACUUUCAUCUUUUAAUGCAACUGAAGAAAAAAUUCGAAAAUUGCCUGCUGGAGGUGAAGGAUGGGAUUCGAGGAUGAAAAAGAAACGCUCUGUUGGAAAUGUAGGCAAUAGAGUAGCAAAUGUUGAUCGAGAUAUGAAACGAGCCAUGCAACAAAAGAAAAAUGCUGAAUCAAAGUUGCGAUCUUGUGAUUCGUUGGGCUUCAGAUCAAAGUCCUCUCCUGGAGUUAGUGGAGUCAACAAGCUGGAUGGUUCUUUUGAGCCUGCUGGUUUAGAUUCUGGUAUGGUGCACAGGAAUGAGUUGGAUGGCACCUCUCUUCCGAGGGAUCGUACAGCUAAUUUGGAGCAAAGGGUUGUAGCAAAGGGAGGCAAUAAGGCAAGUCUCCAUGAUGAUAACCUAGCAAGCUCUUCUAGGAGAAUGUUAAAAGCAAAAGUUUCUAGGGCUCCAAGAACUGGUUCCAUCAUGGUUUUAGACUCAUCUUCUAAAAUUCACCCCUCGUCUGGAGCUUUUCCCAGUUGGGAACAGCCUGCAAGUGUGAGUAAAAUUCCAGCAUUAGGUGUUGGGAAUAAUAAAAAACAUGCAAUAUCUAUGGGUUCAUCUUCCCAUCCCAUGGCCCAGUGGGUUGGUCAGAGACCAAAUAAAAACUCACGCACAAAGAGAGCAAAUGUCAUGUCACCUGUCUCAAACUAUGCUGAACCUCAAAUUUCACCUCAAGGUUGUGCAACACCUGAUUUUAGUGCAAGAUCUUUUGAAUCGAUGCUUGCAAGCAGUGUAGAUAAUGUUAUCAUGGAAGUUAAGAGGGAACUUGAGAAUGUUUCACCUCCAUUUGGGUUAUCUGAAAGUGAAGAAUCAGGAGCUGGAGAUAACAAAUUAAAAGAGAAAACGAUAGAAAAUGGUGGGCUAGCUGUAUCUAUGGCUGGGGUUUUGCCUACAAGGAAGAAUAAGUUAUCUACUAAUGAAAUUGGGGAUGGGGCCUGGAGACAAGGAAAGACUGGAAGCAGUACACCCUUGACAAGACUGGCUUAUCCAAUGAGGGAGAAAUUUGAAAAUCUACCAGCAACCAAGCCAAUUCAGAGUCCAAGAUCUUCUUCUGAUAAAAAUAAGAGUAAAUCGGGCCGUCCACCUGCUAAAAAGAUGAAAGAUCGCAAGGCCUCAACCCGUGCUGGGUCAGUGCUAAAUGGUGUUUCUUCGUAUAUCACAGGUGAAUCAGAGGAUGAUCAUGAGGAAUUAUUUACAGCUGCCAGUUCUGCUCAUAAUGCUAGCAGCCUUGCUUGUUCUGGCUCAUUCUGGAAGAAAAUGGAAUUGAUUUUUGCCCCUAUCAAUUCAGAGGACGCAUCCUACCUGAAGCAUCAGCUGAGUUUAGGGGAGGAGCUUGAUGAGAGUUUGUCCAAGAUGUUUAGGCCUGAAUAUAAUGUUUUGGGUGCUGUAUCACAGAAGGAAACUCCUAAUUGUAAUGGUGAAGUAUCAGCUAAAACUAAUGCUUCCAUUGGAAGGGGUGACAUUAAGAAGUCAGACAAGAUUACUCCAUUAUAUCAAAGAGUUCUUUCUGCUUUGAUUGAAGAAGAUGAAAAUGAGGAGUUUUAUAAUCAUUUUGAGGGGAAGAACAUGUCAUUACACUAUUCAAGUGAUGAUUCACAUUGUGGUUCAUGUAACCAUCUUGACAUUGAACCCAAAGAUAGGGACAAAAUGGAAUCAGAAGUUGAGUCAAAUGCAGAUUUUCAGUCUCAGAGGAGUUCUUUGCUUGACAGACUAUCUUGCAAUAUUAGUGUUGCCUCUAACACGUUCAGGAAUCCUAGCACAUCUAACUCAUUGCAUAGUAGCGAACGGUGGCUGGGAGAUGAUGGUUUUUCACAUUCAGAUGUGGGGCUUACCACUGAAAUAUGUUCACAUGAUUCAGCUCAUCUACAAUCUAGGGAAAUAAAUGUGUUAGGUGCUGAUCGCCAAUAUCAGUUUAUGUGUAUGGAUGACAAGCUUUUGCUGGAGUUACACAGCAUUGGUCUGUAUCCAGAGACUUUGCCUGAUUUAGCAGAAGGGGAGGAAGGAAUAAACCAAAAUGUUCUGGAACUUAAUGAACAGCUUUACCAACAGGUUCGGAGGAAAAAAAGAAAGUUGGGGAAAAUUGACAAAGCCAUUCAGAAUGGGAGAGAUGUGGAAAGGAGGAAUGUUGAGCAUGUUGCAAUGGACCAAUUAAUUCAGAUGGCUUACAGAAAACGUGUGGCCUGUCGUGGUAGUAAUUCAUCAAAAGUUCGUAAGGUUCCAAAACAAGUUGCAUUGGCUUUUAUUAAGCGUACGCUUGCUAGAUGCCAGAAAUUUGAAGAGGAAGGCAUUAGUUGCUUUAGUGAUGCUGUACUGCAAGAUGUUAUGUUGGCUGCACCUCCUUGCAGCAAUGACACAAAAUCUGUUGACUGUGUUGGCUCUGGAACUGCUAGUAAUACAUUAAAUGAAACUUCUAACCAACAGACAGAAGCCAGGGUAUCAGGUGCUGUUUCCAGUACUUUUGAGAGAUAUGAUUCUUCAGAUGCUCUUCCAUCCGUCCACUCAUCAGAACAAGGUGUUUCUAUGCAUGGAUUUAUGUUGAAGAGAAAGAGGGAAGUACUGAUAGAUGAUGUUGUGGGCAGUGCUUCUUCUAGGAUAACAUCAUCUCUCGAUGGCCAUGUUAAUGUUGGAGUAAGGGGGAACAGAAGUGAGAGAGACACGGAUCUAAACAGAGAUAGCUUGAGAAAUAGCUCUGUAUCCGGAGCUCAUGCAUCAUUGGACAACUUCAAGAGUGGAGAGAAGUCAAAAAUGAAGCCUAAGCAAAAGAAGAGCAAUCUUUCAACUUCAGGAAAUGAAAUGCAACCUGGUCAUCCAACUGCGCGUCAAUCAAGUCAGCAGUCAAUGGCGGAUAUUAGCAAAAUGUCAGGUGAAGUGAGGUCGACAACCACAAGUCACUUUCCUCGGAUUUCUCCUAAAGAAGCCGAUGAACCCAUUGAUUUUUCCAAGUUGAAUGAAUUAGAUGUAGCAGAAGAACUGGGUGGGAACCAAGAUCUUGCUUUGUUUAACUUUGAUGAAGAUGGGUUGUUACAAGACAUUGAUACCAUGGGUUUAGAUAUACGAACGGAUGAUGCCAUGGGUCUAGCUGUACCAAUGGAUGACCUCCUGGAUGUGCUCUGACUAAUUCUCCUUACUACAAUACAAUUGUAAUCAUAAUUCUUCUGUAAAUAUCUUGUAGGUAUGUAGUGGUUGAAUUGAAAGAGUAUUCCACAUGACUAAAUUUUUUGUACCAAAAUUAUGUGUAUGUGUAUCACCAUGGAUAAGAGGAUGACUCGUUGAUAUUAUUUCUUAAUAAUAACAAAACAAAUACAGUUUG